AUGAUCUACGAAGUACAAGCUGCUGUACAGCACAUCGUAUCCCUCGUCCAGCAAGUCGACCGUCAACAGCCUGUUGCUCCCGAAGCACUCGCCGCCUUUGAGUCCACCCUCAAAGAUGCGCUAGAGUCUCGUUGCCAAAAGUGCUGGAAACCUGCACAACCUGAAGCCGGCUCAGCUCACCGUUCAGUAGCAUGGCAGCUCCACUCAGGCGGUGAAGGCGCCGACCUGGCUAUCCUUCGUGCCUUUGCCUCGGUCAUCCAGGCAAGCGCCGAGGAGGGUGAGAUUGUGCGUCCAUAUCAAUCCAGUGUCGUAGCGCUCGCUUUACAGUGGCUUCCAGUCGCCUUCACCCUCUGGAUCGACCCCGGCUGCGUCGCCAUCCGCAUCGGCACCGGUCCAGGUGCGAACCGCUCUUCCUACGACUUUGACCACCUCAAGUCUGGCUCGUCUACUUCUUCCAUCAAUGUCAUCUGGGGCCACAUGGUCGCUCAACCAGCCGAACGCAACGCUCCUCAGCUCACCGUCAGCAGCGCUGUUGCUCCUUCUGCCCGUCCGAUCGCCAUCGUCAAACCCAACCCCACCACUGCAUACCCACGCUACCCCGCCACACUCUCGAGCAACGCUCCCGUCACUCACCGUCACUCGCGCACCAGCUCCAACGCUUCCUCCACCUCCAGCUCAUACCAAGGCCUCGUUCGAAGCACUAGUCUAUCAAGCACUCACACUAUUUCCACCGAUGCUACCAGCCUCAGUGGCCUCGAGGCGGAUGAAGCCGACGCAGAUUCCGAGGCGUGUCCCAGCCUCUUCGGCUCACCUUCUUCCUCGCUUGCUUCGAGUCAGUGCACUCCCAGCUCUGAACUCGACCGCGAGUCGAUUCACGACACCACCAUCGGUGGUGGUGACACCACGCAGCGCUUCACUGGUUGCCGUCUCUUCGACGACGACGCGCACGACGAAGACGCUGGCGAUGCUACCAUCGACGCUAACCCCGCCAUGCUCGGUCUCAACGUCUCCAAGGACGCCGCAGCCGUCGCUGCCAAACUCGGUGCUGGUUUCACCCCUGCCAAGCUCCUCGUCUCGUCCACCCCCGUCAAGUGCAACUACACUACCCACGACAACGGCAACGUCGGUGUCUUGGGCGGCGGAGUCCGUCUUGGUGGUGCCGCCUCGGCCAAAGGAAACACCAACUCUCAGCCACCACGCUACCGUCAGCAUUCCAACUCUAAAAGCAUCAGCCACAUUCAACACGGUUUCCACAAUCAGAUUCCGCCGUCCCACAUGGCCCCACCCCACCACAUGCCUAGACAGGUGCACCAUUUCAACGCUGCCAACUACAGCGCUCCCAUGCCCACCGUUCCGCUGCCGGGCGUUCCCCACCAGCAACACAACUUUCUGCCCCGCCAGCAGCCCGCAGCGUACCUGCAGCAGCAGGCGCCUUACCAGCGUUAUCCGUCUCAGGGAGGGGCCGUGUCCUUCCCGCAUGCUUCGCAACUUCCCACUCCCUAUGCGUUUUGCAACGUUCCACCUCAACACGCGACUUACCAGACGUACACGCCGCAGACGCUUCACGUGGAUGGUGAGUCCGACGAGAUGGUCGAACACUCGGUGGGUCGAAGACGACUUCGAUCUCGAGGUCGACGUUCGCGUGGCCGCGGUGCCGGUCGAGCAGCACGUCGUCAAGCGGCUGCGCUUCGAGCUUUGGAGUUGGGAAGCACGGACGAGCUUCCCGAGUCCGACGAUGAAGACGACGACGAGAUGAUCUCGCGAUGCUCUACGCCCGCAGGGUCAGAGUACACGACCAGCGCAUCGUCCGUCUACUCGAGCGUUGCUAGUUCUCCGGAAAAACCAACAAAGAGCGUGCAGCACAGGUCUUCGAGGAACGGAUUGAGAGGGUUUGGACAGCAGCUGCAUGACCAGCUGAGUUGUCUGCAAGCUUGCUAG